CUCGCUUGCUUUCUGGGAAACAAACAGCUGAUUUCCACAGAGGGAGGGUGUGUGUUCGUUGAAAAGCGUGAAACUUGCUAGAGCUCUGUGAUGGAGAUCCCAGUGGAAAUUCUUGCCCAGAUCUUCUCCUACUUACCUCUCUGUGACAGAUACUCUGCAUCCUCAGUGUGCAAGGCAUGGGCUGAAGCCAUCUCGUUCCCAACUAUCUGGUAUUACACAGAGGUCAGUUGUGAGUCUGGAACUGAAGAACAUGCUUUACAGACAUUCUGCCACUUCAUGACUAAAGUCAAGCACCUGAAGAUAGUUCUGAAUCAGUCAGAAGCGAUCAAUCGUGGCAUUGCUAUCAAGGUUAUAAAACAUGUGACCGAUGCAAACAGCAGGCUGAGAAACCUCUGUGUCAGUUGCACAGGAGAGAACCCUUUGUUCUACUCAGGACAAGAUAUCCUGCAGACCUUUAGAAACGUCUGCCAGAACGAAGCGAGCGGUCUGUCUCUAAAGGAGGUUGAUUUCCGCCACAUGCCUUUCACUCUAGAUGAUUCUCUUAUUAUGCUGAUCGCCACCAGAAGCCCACAUUUACAGAGCCUGUAUAUCAAUAACCAGACCCUGGUGUGCAAUGUAACUGCAGAAACGGUUAAGCAGGUAUUGACAGUAUGUCCAGAGUUAUCUGCUCUGGGGGUGUUCUAUGCAAGUUUGUCGGAAAACGUGCUCAGCGAACUGCUGAAGCCAGAGAGACCCCCUUUCCGAUUGCUGGAGCUGUUCUGUGAGCGGCUGGACAAGUACAUCCCUGCUAUUUCCAGACAGUUUUGGGUGGCACUGUGCAAAAGGCACCCGUCGCUAUCUGUUAACAUGAUACUGGAUCACACUUUACCUGCGAAGAAGAUCACAUGGAUUUUACAGCCCGGAAUCCCCAUGAAGAGCCUGGACCUAAUCACAUACACAUACCUGGUGAAAGAAGUCAAUUUUGUAGCAAAAAACUACCAUGCUUCAUUGGAAAGGCUGGUUCUGCAGACCACAUCCUCGGAGAAGCUGAACUCGGCGCUGACUGAGCUAGCCAGCUGCUGCGUCUGUCUGAAGGAGAUCCACUGUUACUGCGUGGUUUCACAGGAGGUGGUGCAAGCCUUCAUAUCCUGCUGUCCGCGGCUGUGGAGGUACACGCUAAAGACUGUCAAAGAACCGCACCCAUGGAGGUGCACUGUGAUAAAGUGAAGCCAGCGGCAGGUGAACGAUUUAGGGACAGCCUAAUUGUGCUUCAUCGCAUAUACUGUAGGACAGGGUCUUUACUGUAUAAUGACGCAAACAGGCGUACAAGUUAAUAAUUGGGUGUACUCUGUUUUAUGUUAACUUGCAGUUAUUCCUUUGGUUUCAAGCAGCGCUUGCGUCAAAGUACAGUAGUCUCCGCGUAUAGGAACACCUCCUAAGAGAACGCUUCACCUAAGGGAACACCCUUGUGGUGAAAC